GCGCGCACUACAUACGUGGACGUACGUACGUACGUACGCACGUCACGGGAGCAUAAUUUAUAAAACUUGUCAAGAUGGCGGAACGUUCAUCUCGACGUCGAAAGAAGAAAGAGAAUGCUGAGUUGGAGAAACCUACUAAGGAGGAGACUGCUGUAGCCAGACAUCUGCGUUUCAAUCUACCAAUCAAAAAUACCUCCAUAGAUGGGCACAAAGUAGAGUACUUCACAGGAUCCAAGGCUGUAGACUUCCUUCUGGACUCUAAGUGGGCGACAGGAAAAGGGAAAAAAGAGGUGAUCUUCACUGACAGGGAAUCUGUUGCAAAUUACCUAGAUGGCUUGCUGUGGAAGGGGCUUUUCUACCGGGCCCUAAAGAUCGUGAAGAAAGGCAAGAAAGAAAAGGAAGAAAGUAAGAAAGAGAAGGAAGAAAGUAAGAAAGAGAAGAAGUCCAAGAAGGAAAAGAAGAAAACAGAGGCUGAACCUACAGAGAAGGGUGAUGACAAGGAGAAGGAAGAAACCAAAGGAGAUGGAGCUAAAGAUACAAAAGAUGCCGGGAAGGAAGAAAUGCCUCCAAAGAAGAAGGAAGGAAAGAAGAAGAUCAAACUCGAACUGACCGAUGACCAGAAGUUUGUGGAUGGAAAUGAUGCCUUUGUCUGGGUAUAUGACCCUAUCCGCCCAAUGAACUAUGUUUACGGACUUGGACUAGUAAUCGGUGCUAUCGCAGUCUGUCUGUUUCCCCUGUGGCCCCCAUGGAUGCGAUCAGGUACAUACUAUCUCUGUCUUUGUGGAGCUGGAUUUGUAGGUGCUAUCUUUGCCCUGGCUAUCAUACGACUCAUCAUAUUCGUCCUCACGUGGGGCUCAACUUUUGGCAAAAUUCACUUCUGGCUUUUCCCGAACCUCUUGGCGGAUGUUGGAAUCAAAGAAUCAUUUAUGCCCUUUUAUGAAGUUGAUUAUAUGACUAAAAAGGAAGACGAUAAGACUGAAAAAUCCAAGGAAGAUUCAAAUGAUGAGCGAGGCAGCGAGGCAGCGGAAGUGGAAGACCAACCUAAGCAAGAAAUAUCUCAAGAUUUGGGUCCUGUUGAAAAUAUUCCGGAAAAUAUUGGUGAUACAGAAGAAAGGUAUUCGGAUCAAGCAGUAACUCCCCCUGAAAACUCUGACGUUACUGAAGAGAGAAGUGUAGAGAGUGGUGAUGCAAAUGAAGAUGAUGACAACGAUGAGGAGGAUGAUGACGACGACGACGACGACAACGGCGAUGAUUUCGAAAUGAUCAAUGAGGAGGAAAUUUCUGAAGUGUGCGAUGGAAGCGGAGGUUCACAGAAUGAAGAAGAAGAGGAAUAACUAUAUAUUUUGAUGUAACCUUGAUGUAACCACAACAACCAUUCUAUCUUAAUGUUUGCCUUUAUUCGUGCCAUUAUGUAGGCCGUUUCCUUGAUAAAGCUUUUCAAAUAUUGUCACAUUGUUUUGGAGGGCUUAGCCACUCUGCCUACUUAAUCAGUGUGCAGUAUGCAUUAGUGUGAAUAUUGAGGUUUCUCACUGAGAAAGUACCAAUUGUCAUAAUAUCUGAAAGCAUGUGUGUCCUGAAUUUGUUGGAAAAGAACUUCCAUAUUUGCUCUCAUGACCAUCACAUUAGCUCAGAUCAAAAUAUGGCAUCCAAAAACUAGGUUUCAUUCAAGAUUCUUCUUACAUGUAUCAUCACAUUCCUAACAGCAUGACUAGAGCAUACCUGCCAACCCUUCCGAAUCAUCCAAAUAUUAAGAUUUUCAGAAUUUUUAGGACCUAAACAUUCUGAAUAUUCUGAUUUUUCAAAAUUCUGGAAGACCAAUUUUUUUUUUUUAAAGCCAAAUUUAGCUUGUUUUUUUAUGUGCCGCGAUUUGAGAGUUUGCUAAUUGCAUGCGUUGAAGGGCUGCAGGAUCGAGCAGCGAAUUUGUAUCUCGCUUUUUGUACAGAUUUAGCGCCUAUUGCCAGUUACACUGCCGCUGCAUACAUGGCCAUGGUAAGGCCAUGCGAACCCUGCUAGAAAUUCUUAAUUCUUAUUUUCAAAUGUUGGCAGGUAUGCUAUAGUCAUUACCGAGGUUUUGAACGGUUAUCAUGAAUGACUUUUAAUUCUUGUUUCAUUAAGGUGGGUAUGCACAAAAGUCAUGAGGGUACCUUUUUCUGUUCCAGAAAGAAAAUACAUACUCGUUUUAAGCGUCAAUACAUUUUCACUCCAAUCUUGCAGCCCAUGAUACAAAAGGAGUCAAGACUGAGCAGCUUAACACAAAUGCCAAGUUUGAGGCUCACAAGAUGUACCUGCGAAGAAUGGCACCAAAGUUUUUUUUUUAACUGUACCACCUCACAAACUUUCUCAACCCGUUUACUAUAUCUUGCCUAAGAUAUCUCAGACUGGGGUCUAUGGAAAGUGUGUGUUCUAC